GAGGGGCGACGCGACGAACGUGGACAGACGGAGACAGACAGUCGACACAAGUUGACCCGUGUCUCCGCGUUGGAGCGCGUCCGUUCCGCUCGCGAUUCCCCGGUGGCAGCGAAACAUUGCGCCAAUUGCCGCUGCCGUUUAGCGCGAGUCGAGUUACGCAUCACGCAUUCCCGUCGUACGAUAAACUUCGUUUUGUUCGCAAGGUGUAGUGUCGUGUACGCAGUGCGUGCUACGUUGCCCGUGCUACGGCAUCGUCGCCGAGUGCCGUGUAGCUCGAGCCGAUAUACGUGCGAGAGGCCGAGACGAGGUGAUAUGAUGAUCUGAUCGCGGUCUCAACAUGACCGUGGAUUUUGUCGACUACUUUUGGGGUGAAAAGAACAAUGGAUUUGACGUGUUGUAUCAUAACAUGAAGCAUGGUGUAAUUGCCAGCAAAGAAUUGGCUGAAUUUUUGCGAGAGAAAUCAGCCAUAGAAGAGAACAAUUAUAAGCUUCUUAGUAAGGUGGCAAAACAGGCGAGCAGCAGUACGCAGGGUACAUUCGCACCUGUAUGGGCCGCUCUGAGAGGCGCCGCUGAGAAACUCGCCGUUUUGCACUUGCAGAUGGCCCAACGGGUCACCGAACUCAUAAAAGAUGUAUCGAAAUACGCGGACGAGCUACAUAAAAAGCACAAGGCUGUGAAGGAAGAAGAGUCUUCUACUCUAGAAGUUGUACAGAGUAUACAGAGCAUUACGGUAACGUUGCACAAAACGAAAGACACGUGUAUGCAAAAGGGUCUCGAAUUAGAGAAAUUGAGAAAGGACAAUGCUAGUCCGAGGGAGCUGGAGAAAGCGGAAGUAAAAUUCAAAAAGUCACAGGAUGAUUACAAGGCGCUGGUGGACAAAUACACGGCCAUACGGAACGACUUUGAGGCGAAAAUGACGCAAGCUUGCAGGCGAUUCCAAGAUGUGGAGGAGACGCAUCUGAAACACAUGAAGGAGUUUUUAAACACGUAUGCCGACGUUUUGCAAACUAAUCACGAACAAGUUGGCCAGGUACAUAUCGAUUUCAAACGGCAAUGCGUCGACAUGACGGUGGAGAAAUUAUUAGAGCAAUUCGUGCAGAGCAAGUACACGGGUUUCGAGAAGCCAGGUGUGAUCGAAUACGAGGAGGUAAUGAUGAGUUUGGCGGAGAUCACCGGUCACUCUCAGCCUGAAGGCGGUACGGAGGCGCCCAAGGAAACGUCAAAGGGAACCAACGGCGAGACAGGCGUAGCCGGGUUUCUCCGCAGCAGGAGAGAGAAACGAAAGGAGAAGAAGGCGAAGAAGAAGAAAGACCUCGUGGAAACGAGCAGCAACAAAGAAGAAAAGUCUGACCUGGAAGACAAGGACGACAGCAGAAAGUCGGAAACGCCGACACCGGAGGUGGACGAGGAUGGUUUUUGCAUCAGACCAAAGCCGGAUCCAUGGGAGAACGAGAAGGGAUUCUAUUCGAGCUCGGACACGGAUUCAGAGGAUGAGAGGGAACGUAAAAUUCGAGUGGAGAUAAAGCCUCUCAGCAACGGUGGAGCGCCAAUGAGCGCAAGUGUGGAUGAAUUGAGGGCGACGGUGGAAAAUUUAUCUUUAUCACCUGCACCAACAGGACGUCGAGGAUCGAAUACCGAUUCCGAUCAUCAUAUGAAAAGGUCUCAGUCAGUGUCACAGCAAUUAGGAGGUAAGCCAAGCUCAGAUUUACUUGGCCUAAACUUGUUCAAUCCUAGCAGUACACCGUCGAGCGCGUCGACACCGACCGGCAGCCAUCCUUACGCCCCGCUGCAGAGCCCGCCGCCACUUUCCACAUCGCCAACUCCGUCGCAGCCACCGCCGCCACAGUCCGCGCCGCCUAUCCACUCCCAUAAUACUCGGUUCCCAGAUGGGGAUUUGUUUUCGGAAGUCGGAGACAUCACGCCGGCAUUACCGCCCAAACAAUCCGCAUCUUCGACACCAACGGGAUCGAUCGUCAUACCCAGGCCACCGUCGCGCAGAGGAGAAGGUCCCUCGCCGCGCGGCAGAAUGUCGCCCGCGACAAUAUCGCGCGCCGACAGCGUCGCUAGUCUAGAAUUUCGCACGGCUGGCGUGGGCGUGGGCUCCUCGCGGGGACCGUCCCCGCUCACGAUCGGUCUGGCCGACACUAUUCCACUGGCAGUGGCGUUCCACGAGAUAGUGCAUUCCUAUUUCCGCGGCACGGACGAGACUCGUUGCCAGGUGAAGCUCAGUGGCGACAUGAUGUUGUCCUUUCCGGCCGGUAUCGUUGCGGUACUGGCCAACAACCCUAAUCCCGCCAAGUUGACUUUCCGCGUGAGAAACACCAAUCGGCUGGAGAGACUGUUACCCAACAGCCAGCUCAUCAGCAUGGACGCGACGCAGACUACCGUCGACAGUACAAUCUUCGAAUUCAAUAUGAGUGCCUUAACUACGUUGCUACGGCGGCAAGCUGAACAGAAUCCCUCGGCCUCGUAUUUCAAUGUGGAUAUCCUCAAGUAUCAGAUCAAGUGCAAGGAUGGCGCUGGCUCCUGUCCCUUCCAAUUGGUCGCGUAUUGGAAGUGCGAGACGACCCAUACUGAUCUCAAGAUCGAUUAUAAAUACAAUAGUCGCGCCAUGGCUUCAGCGAGUCCUUUAUUGAAUCUCCACGUGGCAGCGCCCAUCGACGGCGGGUUCAAGUCGUUCAACAGUAAACCAUCGGCACAGUGGUUACCCGAAACAAAUCGCGUACUGUGGAAAUUUACAGAGUUGUCGCAGCACAGCGAAGGCAACGGAGUCGGGUCUCUGAAGGCGCGGGUCGAACUUGAGCGCGGCCCGGGCAGUCAGGGCACGAUAUUUACCCAAUUCAAUUGUGAGGGGACCACAUUGUCGGGCGUCGAAUUCGAGCUCAUAGGCUCGGGAUACAGGUUGAGCUUGGUCAAGCGAAAAUUCGUGUCGGGAAAAUAUAUCUGCGACGGAGACUCGGAUUCACGUACCAGAUACGCCGCACCGCCAUCCAGUGCGGAUUGACGACUUCCAGAGUGGGUGCCUCAGUGGGAGAGCCAACCCAUUUAAUAUUGGUACUUGCUUGAUCAUUCACUGCCCAUAACACGAUUAUCAAUAUCGAUCGUUCAUAGUGUGGAGAAACUUGUUGGACACCAGAGCGCGUUCGAAGACCGAGUUCCUCUCGAGGAAAGGUAAUGCAUUAAAUGCAGCUCGUUCGCAGAUGCCUCGGAAGAACGUACGCUUUUGUCACAGAUAUUGCCUCUCCGUGCGUUUAAUGCGACGAACCUUCAUUCGUGCACUCAAUUUUAUCGCAGUGGAAGCUAAAAUCAACGAAAUUGGAAUAAGGACAUUCGGAGGCGUUAGAUGCGCUUUUCAAGUGUGGGUCAACGUGUAAUUUUAGAUUAGAAAUGCUUACGAUCAAGAAAGAAGAAAGAAUUAAACGGAAACUGACUUGACGCGAUUCGACUCGAUAAACAGAAGUUUUUCUUGCGGACUUGAUAGCUCACAUAUUUCUUGUACUUUUGUGUCAGGGUGCACCCACUGUUUUAAUAACGAAGUUUUCAUCCGAGGGAAAAUUCUUUGGUGUCCGGCAUGCUCUUCUCCGACACGACGACUUUUGCCAUUCGCUUCUUUCUACACAAUCAAAAUACGAUACUUUUUUUUUCUUUUUCAUUUCAAUCCUCCUCUCGAGAUAGUACAACACUUUGUUCUAUUGUUAUACUUUGCAACAAUAUACAUAUAUGUGUAUAUGUAUAUAUGUAUGUAUGUAUAUAUGUAUAUGUAUAUAAUGUAGACGGAGUAUUACGUUAUUAAUAGCGUGAGGCGAGAGGAAGGCGAUGAAAGUGUGAGGGAUAUUUAAAUACCGAUCAAGUACGUACGUGUACAUGUAGCAUUUAUACUUUGGGCGGAGAAUGGGCAUAUUGUUUGCGAGCCUUUCGGCCUUCGGAGAGACUCGCCAGUGCGCCAGUUUUCUUUAGUUUAUUUUCAUACGUGCGAGGACAAGAGUAUUAAAUAAGAGUAAGAUGCGCGAAUAAAAGGAAACAAAAAGGAAGAAGCUGUCUUAUCGAAUGAGAGAGACUGCGAAAGCGAGAAUGAGCGAGCGUACGAGGACGAGAGAAAGAGUUGAAAUCAACGAUACUUUUUUAAAUGUUAGCAUACGAUUGACGCGAGACGAAUCAAAUGCGCACGAUUUCGUAUUUUUGAGGGCGUUUAAGGGCUAAACCAAAAUUUUGAUGUCAAUAACCGGAUUCUAGUUUUAGGUGUAGUUAACGGCGAAAAACGGGGAAGAGAGUCGUUUAUCUAAAUGUUUCGAAAAAAAGAAAAAAAAACCGAGAUUCUUAAUAUUAUACGUAAAAAGCUGCUAGUUUUUCAUCUUUUACCAUUUCACUUUUGUUCGUAAUAAUUUGUAUUCCCGUUAUAAUAGUAGUAGCCACUUGUUUACACGUCACGUUCAUUGCUUUAUAUAAAUCAGUUAAUUUAAUCAUUUACGUCGAUUGCGUUACAAAAUACUAUUGACUAAUGUUAAGCCUAAUGUUAAGCCUUGGUACGAGACUUUUAUUUUCGUAUUUUCACCCAAAUCUGAGAUCUCCGUGAAAGCGUUAUUAUAGACGAGCAAUUUGCGCCAGUAUUCAGUGUCGAACGAUUGGAUCGAUAGGUGAGAUAAUUGACGACGCUGAUCGAUCACGUAAUUAUUUUUCAGAUUUCUACUAUUUGAAGCUUUCACCAAUUUUACGCGCUUAAAACAAAACAACGACCAACAUUUUGCAAUGAUAAACUCUGCACGUACAAACAUCUCUAGUUUGCUCGUGAUAAUUUAAUUUAACGACAUUUUGUAGUGCAAUAUGCAAUUGAGUUUGGACAAUUGCUCGUUUAGAAUAUACCUUUACUUAUGACUACGAUAUAUUACGAUGGUGUUUUACGUUAACCUAUUAAAGGCCCCCCUAUGUAACAUAUGUAAUGUACAGGGUGUUAUUUAAUUCGCGUCCACUAUUUACGCAGUGAUAUUUCUCAUGAAAAACUGAGUCGAAAAGUCCUGAACCAUUUUUUUCUAUUUCUCACAGCGUGUACUUCUAAAGAACGACGCUGAUUCAAUUGACUUUACUCAAUAAUUACUACUUUAUUAAACAUUAUAGAAAAAAACUGCACUUUCCGACUUUCAGUUUUUCACGGGAAAUAUCACUGUGUAAAUAGUGGGCGCGAAUUAAAUUACACCCUGUAUAUCAUUGUAAUGUAAAGAAUCUCUGGCAACAGAAAAUUGGCAUUAUUUUUUAAACGCGUUUCAUAUUAAUGUUAAAGUUUACGUUAAAAAAAGAAGUUGCGUAUACGUUAAAUAUCGCGAAAGAUUUCACGAGAAAUUAUAUUUAUUUCGAAAAUUAUUUUUUAUUUCUAUUAAAACUUUUUAAUAAACAAAAUCCUUGUUUUUUUUCUGUUCUCCCGAAAACGAGUUUGUUGGCCGUUAAUAGGUUAAAGGUGUCUUAUUAAAAAAAAAGAUAGAAAAAAUGCAUCCCCAAUAAGCAAAUUGUUAACAAUAUGUCAGCAGAUCGGAAACAAAUUUAAUCAGAAUGAUACAGCAGAUACGGUGCCAUCUGUGUCCGCAUUAAGCUUUUGUUUUGUUGCCAAAUCCUGCUGACAUAAUAAAAUAGCAGAUUGGCGGCAGAAAUAGUGCAAUGUGCGCUGCAGAUUGGUUAUGCCUACAGAUUUUGUUAUGUUUCUGUUGCUAUGUUGCUAACAGUAUAGAAAAGACAAAACCUGCGUCAAAUCUGUAGCGUUUCUACUAACAAAAUCUGUAGCAGACUCUGAUGAUAUUUGUUUUCGACAAAGUUGGCUAUUGGGGCGUCUUCUGUCCAAGUGACGAGAUGGCAGAAUCAUUGUUGACGGAUAGCCGUAUGACUUCGUUUGCUUCCUGAGAGGAUUUUGCUAGUAUAUCCCGAGGCAAGGACAAAACUCGCGAACAUGUACAUACAAAAUCGCGAAUUAACUAGCAACUCUUGCCAAAAGAAAUCUAACUCGAAUCACGUGCGGCCCGGCACACACGAUGUGCUUUCCUUCGUGUUUCACGAAUAAUAGAUAAACCAUUACGAGUUACUUUUCUGAAAGUUUAGGCUUUAAGCACUUCACUCGUGCUUGAAGCUAUUCAUUUCCGAUAAUCGUUGGAGGAAGCUUGUUAGAGAAAUUAACGGGGGAAAAAAAAGACUCGAGAGUCGACGGGCACUAAGGUACACGCUCGGCUAGUCCUCUCGGUUAGUUGCAAUUGCUUAGCGAGAUGUGACGUAUCGUUUCUUACACUUUCUUGUUCAGAGAGACGUUAUGCGAUUAUUCUACAAGAUUUUAUGAUUAUUGUCAUUAUUGCUACAUACAACGGCGUUCCUGCGAUACUCUAUACGUCUCUCUCUCUGACGCGCCUAUUUUUCACGAUUUGACAUGAGAGAGCGUACUUUUGAGAUUGUUUUGUAUUGUAAUUGUCAUGAUAGAGAAAGAGAGAGAGAGAGAGAGAAACAGUACCAAGGUCUAUACGAAGAGCAAUACGAAACAUCUGUAACAUACGACGAAAUUCAAGUGACCACUCCAUUCCGGAAUUUCAGAAUUCCAGAAAUCCGUCGAGAAAUGAAUUAAUCGCAUCGCCGACCAUUUCUUUCGUCCGUAUCCACGUCAGUCUAGAGAUUUUCGUUUGAAGCUUGUGUGUAUCUCAGGGUGUCUGCGAUUAAUGAUUCUCAAACAAUCAUCCGCGUACAUUUUAUUCCACUUUUACUAACAUUACAUUGUUGUGCGAUCGUUAUCGCAAUGCUA